AUGGACGAUCGACCGAUUGGUGGCGAUAGAAGAGGCCAAGUUUUUUACCAAGAAAUGAAGAGCGGCGGGGAAAAGCGUUUUGGCCUUCGACUUCCGCCCAUGGAUGAACUGCCCGGAGAGAUGGUCGUGGCGGUGCUGGGUUGGGUUGAAGUACUCGACCUGGUGGCCUCCCACCAGGUGUGUCGCAGGUGGCGGCACCUGUUGUCCGCCUCGGGCGGCGGCGGGCUGUGGCGUCGCAGCUAUCUCCGCACCUGGCCACCUCCCCUGUCCUCCGCGGCCCACCAUGCCGUCAUCGCCACCGCCGCGCAGCCCAUCGACUGGCGCGCCCUCGCAUCGGCCUCCAACGCCACUCGGACCAGCAAGCGAGGAUGGCGGAAGUGGCGGCACUCCUGCGCUCUGCCGCGACUCUGGCGGUGCCGGCCCCGCUCGGCGCCGAGCCCGAGGAGGCCUCGGAGGAGCCCAAUCAUGGCACCACAGGCCGCCGAAAAGAAGAAGAAGCGAAAGGUGAUGGAAAGCGAAAGCGACGAUGACAAGAGCGCUCAGGCCGCGCUCCAGUCAGCACACCAGCGCCACAUUGCGGACGUGCAGGGGCCUGUGGAGAAGGCGCAGCAAGUGCUGGCGUACCUCAACCGCGUCGCCGGCCUCCGACAGCGCGCCCAUCAGCUGCUUCACUCAUUCGGGCCGCAGGGAAAGGCGAACGCCAGUGAGAAAGUGAGCAAGGAGCACCUCUUGACCAUGCUCUUCCACGGCAACAUGCUCUACGGGAAGAUUCACCACAAGAAGAUUGCUUUGGGCGAUGUCAUGCACAGCCUGAAGUACGAGGCGUCGAUCGUGGUGUACAGCCUCGUGACAGGGCUGCCCCUGCUCAUGACCUACAGCUUCUCCUACAACCUGGCCGAGUCAAUUGACAAGUUGUCCUGGAAAAGUGAUCAGCUGGAAGGUGUGGUCGAGGAAAUGCAGUGUCGCGCCGAGGCCAAGGCCGACUACGCAGCGCUGCAGGUGUUCCUCUUCGGCUGGGAGAACGCUGACACGGUCGACCCGCCAGCGCUGGAGAAGUUCAUCGAAGGCGUCUUCGUGCCCACCAACAACUUCUAUGUAAAUUGUUGGGUGCCACGGCCCAAGUAG